AUGGCAACGCAGAAGGCACAGGGGACAUAUGAAGAGCAGUAUAAUCUUCUGGAGAGUUAUGCGAAUGAGCUGAAGAAAAGAAUUCCAGGAACUUCUGUCUGGAUCCAGACUGAGCUACAAGAAAAUCCAGGUCAUCACAGGAGAGCAGGUUGCAGACCUAUCAUAGGUCUUGAUGGAUGUCAUUUAAAGGGUGUGCACAAGGGCCAGUUGUUGUCUGCAGUAGGGAUCGAUGGCAACAAUGGCAUGUACCCGAUUGCGUAUGCAAUUGUAGAGCAAGAAACAAGGGAUUCUUGGACCUGGUUUCUAACAUUCUUGAGAGAGGACCUCCAGAUAUACUCUUCAGUGCAUUAUGCAUUCAUUUCAGAUAAGCAAAAGGGACUGGAGCAGUCAAUCAAGGACCUCUUUCCCAACUCUGAGCAUAGGCAUUGCGUACGACACUUGCACAACAACUUGAAGGGAGAUGGCCACACUGGUUUGGCUUUAAAGCAACUUCUCUGGGCAGUGGCACGAGCUAAUACUAUGUCUCAGUAUGACAAGGCAAUGGAGGAAUUGCAGAAGGCAUCUUUCUUGGCUUGGAAGUGGUGUGUUGACAGGCCAGCUUGCCAUUGGUCUAGGUCACACUUUAAGGAUCAGAUUAAGUGUGACAUCCUUCUGAACAACCACAGUGAGUCAUUCAAUAAGAGCGUCUUAGAUGCAAGGAAAAAACCAAUUCUUCCAUGUUUGGAGGAUAUUAGGAAAGCACUGAUGGUGAGGUUAAACCAUAGGAGGAAUUCUGCUGCUAAGUGGAGGUGCAUGGUAGGGCCUAGAAUUGAGAAGUUGUUAAAGAAAAAUGCAGUCUGGAGCCAUGAAUACAGAGCACUUGAGUCUAGUGACAUGAGGUUUGAAAUACAGGGAAGGGGUGUUGCUUGCCAGAGUGGAGUUGUGAGUCAGCAUUCUGUGCAGCUGGACACCAUGUCAUGCACCUGA